AUAUAAUUGUAUUCAAUUAAUUCUCAAGUAGUCAUCAGUUGUCUUAGCUUCAUUCUACACAAUGAGGAGGAGCAUUCUGGUUACUGGUUCUUUAAUCCUAUGUUUUGUUCUGUUCUUGCAUCCGGCAUCCACCAGAGCACAAGAAGUGGAGGAUGAGAGGGAGUUCGAUUAUGCGGAGGGGAGUGAGAAGGGGCCGAGGAGAUGGGGAGAGUUGAAGAAAGAGUGGGCAGCUUGCAGCAAUGGAGAUAUGCAAUCCCCCAUUGAUAUGUCACAUGAAAGAGUGAAGAUUAUCACAACACAUCAUCAUGAGAUGAGGAAGCAUUACAAGCCUGCCAAUGCUACUGUCAGGAAUCGAGGCCAUGACAUAGCAAUUGAGUGGCAUGGAGAUGCUGGCUCAGUUAUCAUCAAUGGAACAGACUACUUUCUCAAAUCAGCCCACUGGCACUCUCCUUCAGAGCACACUAUUAAUGGAAGAAGGUAUGCUUUGGAAUUGCACAUGGUACACCAAAAUACAGACCAGAAUUUGACUAAUCAAAUAGCUGUCAUUGGUGUUCUGUACAAGAUUGGCAAACCUGAUGCUUUUCUGUCCAAGUUGAUGAGGAAUAUAUCAUCCAUGAUAGAUAGAGAUGUAGAGAAAGAAUUGGGCAUGUUUGAUCCAAGUGAUAUCAAGAUGAGGAGUAAAAGACAUUACAGAUACAUGGGCUCCCUCACUGUUCCUCCUUGCACUGAAGGGGUAAUUUGGACAAUUAACAAGAAGGUGAGAACUGCUUCAAGGAAACAAAUUAAAUUGCUCAGAGAAGCUGUUCAUGAUUAUGCUGAAAGGAAUGCGAGGCCAUUGCAGGCACUAAACAGGAGAGAGAUCUAUCUUCUAAGCCCUGCUGGGAAAAAACUAGAGAAAUAGACAUUAUUAUAAAUGGGUUGACAUUAGAGAAACAUAUGUAUUAUUUCAUUUGUAUAUUUUAGUUUGUUUUAAUGUUAAAAUUUCAAAAGCUAGGAUUUUUUGUGCCCAAAGAAAUUAGUAUUAUUAUAUUCUUUUA